AUGCUGCACAGCGCCUUGAGGCGGGUGUGCACCCUCGGGCUCUCGCGGCUGGGCCGCGCCUGCAGCGGCUCCCUGGCGGACGCGCAGACUCGAUUGAGGACAUGCCUCCCCGACGUCCAGAUUGGAUGUUUCGACCAUUGUGGCGGCAUGCGCCAUUGCGCGAGGGGCUUCGCGUCCGCGGGCGCGGAGGCUGCUGGCGGAAAGAAAAAGAAUGGUGCAGAAGAAAAGAGAAAGCAGGAUGGAGUUGAGGCGGAGAAGGGGGAAGAGGCCGAAUCAGGAGCUCUGGGUGGCGAAGGUGCGGCGUCGCAGGGCGCGAAGGGCGGUGAUGGCGACGCCGCAGCCGGCGCGAGCGCGUCUGGCGAUGGCGCCGAGGCGGAGGGGCCUUCGCAGGCAUCUGGAGAGGAUGGGGACGGUGGGAGGGAGGGCAUCGACGCCGGGGAGGAGCAGGAGCUGCGAGAGGAGCUGCGGCUGAAGACGCGCGAAAUGGAUGCCCUGCAGGAGAAGGUGGAGGAGCUGCAGGACAAGCAUUUGAGGGCAUACGCCGAUCUUGAGAACAUGAGGCAGAGAGCUGCACGGCAGUCUGAAGUGACAAAGAAAUAUGCCGUCCAGAAUUUUGUGAAGGACUUGUUGGAGGUGGCGGAUACUCUGGAACGUGCCACGGAGACCAUUCCUCCUGAAUUCAGCAACAUCGAGGAGCAGCCAUCUACGGGCGACGACGACCAGCUGAAGAUGGUGUUCAAGGGGCUGUUGGAUGGCGUGAGGCUCACUGACAAGAUGCUCGUUCAGGUUUUCCAGAAGAAUGGUGUGGAAAAGUAUAGACCUGUCAAUGAGCACUUUGACCCACAUCUGCACAAUGCCCUUUUCGAACUGGAAGACCCAGAGAAAGAGCCAGGCACCAUCGCCGUCGUUUCCAAGGUAUGA